AGGGCAAACAAAUUGAUCAUUCUAUUUAGACAAUUGUGCGGGAAAACAACACGCGGCGAGAAAAAACCCACAGAAAAUAUCCAUCAGAUCCAGUUCCAGCAAGUGGACAACAAAAAACAAAAGUCACUCAUUAGGCCAAGUGGAGCACAGCCUUGGGCCAAGAUGCACCUUGAAAUUAUUUGUUUACUGGCCAUAUUGGCCGUCAUACAGGCUCAAUAUUAUUACAAUCCUGCUUUUGCUCCUCCAACACCUCCGCCACCUCCACCUCCGCCAUCCUUCGCCAUGCAGGAGGCCCGACGUCCUCGAUUCGUGCUCUACAAUCCCUUCAAUGGUCAAGAGAUGGAACCUCUGCGUUAUAUAGCUGUGAGAAGGGGCAACAAGCGUGGACAACCGACCAAUCAGGUCAGUGGAAAUAUUGUGGAGUUGCCGCAACUUUGGCAGCCUUGCUCCUGUGCUGAAUACACCUGCAGAUGCUGUUUGGGUCUAGUCUUUGGCUUUGGGGAAGCCUUCAAUCAGCGCAUUUGUGCCACCAUUCAGUACAAUCGAGCGGAUGUUGGCCUACAGCUUAGCAUUGAUCUCAAUCAGCGAGGUGUGGCAAAUUUUGGUUUCUCUAUUCGCAAUCCGCCGGACUAUUGCAUUCCAGUGCUGCUGCCCCUGCCCCUCUUCAGUUGCCUUCGGCUCUACGACAUUCGUGCCUACGGUGAGGGCAAUGUCCAGGUGUGCAUUUCAGUGGUAUUCAAGGUGAUUGUUAGUCAAUUCUUUGAAUAUCGUUUCAAUUGUCUACGCUUUGGCAGCAGUGGCGUUUUUUUUGUACGCGACACAACGCAAAAGGAUCAGGAGGAAGGCCAGCCGGAUGGGCAGGAUGCUGUUCACCAAGAGUCAGAGCAAGAAUUGGUAUUGGAUAAGCGAAAUAGACUGCCGCAAAUUUCAGAGCAGACAACAAAACGAAUUCAUUUACCAAAUGAUAAACUGGGAGCUGGCAACUGGUACUGAUCACCCAAGUAGCAUCAUGAUCCAUUGCUCAUUCUAUUACAUAUUAAAUUUUAAAAAAAAAGUGAAAU